AUACAAAUAAAAAAGUAGUAAAGCAAACACAAAACCAUGCUCAUGAUUUUAACACGGCAGCCCAUUAUUCACUAACUCAGAAAGCAUUGAUUGCUAGUGCUUCUGUAUAUAUAUAAGCUGAAUAUAUAGUUUCUGAAAAUCUAAAUCCCCUCAAAGGAGGCCAAUACUAGACACUGCACAACAUGAAGGCUUUACUUAGAUGUAAAAUGGAUAUGGAGAAGCAUAAUCCAUACAUAGCAAUGAUCUUCAUACAGUUUGUGUAUGCAGGCAUGGCUUUGUUGUCCAAAGCAGCAGUGAAUGAAGGAACAAAACCCUCUGUGUUCGUCGCUUAUCGACAAGGAUUCGCGGCACUUGCCCUAGCUCCAUUUGCUUUCUUCCUUGAAAGUAAUAAAACUGCUCCCCUGUCAUGCUACUUGCUCUGCAAGAUCUUUUUUGUUUCUUUAUGUGGGAUCACUAUGGCUUUGAAUCUCUACUAUUAUGCAAUAACAUACAUCUCUGCAACAUUUGCCACAGCCAUGACCAACACAAUUCCUGCAACGGUCUUUGUCAUGGCUGUUGCCUUAAGGAUGGAGAGAGUUUCCAUGAAGCAAUGGGAUGGGAUAACGAAAGUGUUGGGUUGUGCGGUAGGUCUUUCGGGGGCUAUGGUGUAUACUUUUUUCAAGGGGCCUCCAAUUUAUUCAAGUAUGCAUAAGGAAGUUUCAAAGGAAUCAACAAAGUAUAUUUCCAAAGAGGAUUGGAUAAAAGGUGCUCUUUUCAUGCUUGCAGCCAACAUAGCUUGGUCUUUGUGGCUUAUUAUGCAGGGUUCUAUUGUGAAGCAAUAUCCGGCGAAAAUACGUUUUACGACACUACAAUGCUUCUUCAGCUGCAUAUCAUCAGCAAUUUGGGCUGUUGUGGUAGAUAGGAACUUGUCAUCAUGGAAGCUUGGAUGGGACAUUAAUCUUUUAUCUGUGCUCUAUUGUGGUAUAAUAGUGACAGGAAUUACUUACUGGUUGCAAGUUUGGGCUGUGGAGAAGAAAGGCCCUGUAUUUACAGCAAUGUUCAGCCCAUUAGCACUUAUUUUGACUGCCUUCUUCUCAGCAAUAUUCUUUCAGGAGACCCUUCACUGGGGAAGUUUUGGGUUUUCAUUUUUGUGGCAGUGUUUGUGGUGCUGUAUUGCUGGUGGGAGGUCUCUACAGCUUUUUGUGGGGGAAGAACAAAGAAGAAGGAGAAAGGGAAAAAGAUGAAAAAUCACAAGAAACCAAAGAGGAAACAGUAGAGGAGAUGGAGAGCAUCAACAUUCAAAAGUGACUUUGAUUGGUUGGCGUUUUGGAAAUUCAUUUGGUUGUUGAGAAAUGUCAGUCACCAUCUAUUUUAUAAAUUUAAAUUGAUAAAGAGAAUGUAAUUUAAAUAUUUAUAUUCUUUUGAAUGGCUUGCCCAAAUUUCAUUGCGACACGUUUAUCGAUUAUAUAUAAAUUUUUAUGUAUAUAAGAGUAACAGUAAAAUCUAAAAU